AUGGCGGCCACAGCUUCAGUCACACCAAGCGUGAAAGGGUCGUCGCCUGCAGCCGGUGCAUCGCCCAUUGCCAGCGCUGGUAUGGCAGAAGGCGGCUCGUUUCGCUAUCCGCCUAUCCACGCAUUCCCGCCGUUCUUCACACUUCAACACAAUCCAGUUUCGCGCGCUCAGCAACUAUCGCAAUGGAGUACCCUCAUACUCGACUAUUGCCGCCAUCACCGCCUAUUUACGAUCUCCCCUCUUGCCGGGACAUCCGAUCCCGCUUCCGGAAGCGUCGCGGCAGAUCCGCACACGAGCCUGUUCGCCAAUCAAUCGAUACAGCGUUCUCUCUCAGCCGAAUCUAUACGAGUAGUGUUGACACAUCUCGUCGAUCACAAGCAAGCAGCGUGGGAAGAACAGCUCACUGGCGCAGCAACGAAAUCCAAGCGCAGCAACGCGAAUUCGAAAGCAUUCAUCUACUGGAAAACGCCGGUGCAGUGGGCAGAUUCGAUUUACGACUGGGUUAUGCAGACGGGUCAGAACAAGAGUAUCAUGACGCUGUUCGAGCUCAAUCAGGGCGAUCUGGUGCAAGCUCAAGACUUUUACCUGCUUCCCACUCCCAUGCUUCGGCAAGCAUUGAAGCACCUCAGCACGCAGGGCAAAGCACAGAUCUUUGCAGGAACCGAAGCUGACGACGGUGAAGGUGUUAAGUUUGUUUGA